UUCUUUUAGCCCUCCCCCUGAAUCAGAUCUGACCUCUUAAUCCAUUUCUAAGCACUUUUCUUCACUAGUCCAGAGAGAGACGACGACGACGACGACCACGAUCUUCUUUCGAACGAUGCAUUCACGUGACGACGACUUCAAUUGAUUCAUCCUCUUGCGACGAUGAAUCACCGAUCACCCGCCACAAAGAUUGAAACAGAUAUAGAUAGACUAAAACAAGGAUCGAUCUGAUUCUUCCAACGCCCAACCCUCGACCUAGAAAACCCUCUUAUCGAAACAGGUUGAAGAUAUAGUUUCUACAAUGGAUGAAAUUAAAUUAGAUACCAGUUGGGAGGAUAUGUUAUGUCCCAUAUGCUUGGAAUUUCCCCAUAACUGUGUGCUCCUUCAGUGUUCUUCCUAUGAGAAAGGAUGUCGAACCUACGUUUGUGAUACUGAUCAUCUUCUCUCUAAUUGUCUGGACCGUUUUAGAAAUGCUCAUGGAAUGUCAUCUGGCUUACAUUCACCUGAAAGUUCUGAAUCCAACUCACUGGAAAAUAGAUGCUCAUUAUCAGAAGUCCAUGAAAAGCCAUCUUGUCCCUUGUGCAGAGGAGUAGUUACAGGAUGGAUUAUUAUUGAUGAUGCGCGUGCACAUAUGAAUGAGAAGAAAAGAUGUUGUGAAGAAGACCAAUGCGCAUUCGCAGGCACUUAUUCGGAACUUCAAGAACAUGCUCUGCAACAACACCCUUAUGCAUGCCCUGCGAAAAUAGAUCCUGCUCGACAGCUUGAUUGGGAGAAUUUUCAACAGUCGUCAGAGAUAAUCGAUGUUUUGACGACUAUUCAUGCUGGAAUACCUCAUGGAAUUGUUCUAGGCGAUUAUGUUAUUGAAUAUGGGGACAAUGAUACUGGAGAUGAGUUGGAUGAGUUUAGAAGAGAUGAAAGGAAUUGGUUUACGUCUUGUAUGUUGUAUCAAGUUUUUGAUAAUUUAAGGAGUUCCAGAAAUAGAAGGAGGUCGAGGGCGAAUAAUUCCAGAAGAAGUAAUCAACGUUUAGAUUCUGAAAAUAUAGACUAUGAUGUGGGUUCUGUGGUUUCUUUAGGCUCGCCUGAUUACAGAAAUGUUCAAAUGGAGAAUUAUUUUUCAAGCCAGAGUCGCCAUUCUUGGACAAGAGUUGGCUUCCGCAGUUCUCGAAGAAGGAACUCCUCCCGCUUCAUUGACGGUUAGACACAAUACAACAGAAGAUGGAUUUCGAAUCUGUAAGAUCUUGAUUGCUUCUCAUGGCUUUCUCUGUUCUUUUUUUCUAUGUUAAACUGUACUUCUGAGAGUUAAGCUUCAUGUAGAUAUAGAUAUAAAAGGUCUUCUUCUUCUUUUUUUUUUCUUCCCCCAUUUUAGUUACAUGUUGAAUAAUAAAGGGAGGUCAAAUGGGGUAAAAAAUAAUGUCAUUUUUUGCAGCUAUGUUCUCUUCUUCCAUCCCUGCUCAGAUGAUAUGUACUGUAAUUUUCAUUAUAUGAAAAUGGGGUAAUGUCUUUUGUAUC